GUUCAGCUGCUGCUAUGAUUGGCCGCUGUAUGCAGGGCUUCAGCCACCCUGAAUGAGAAACAGGGGUAACCAGGCAACUUCAGAGCAGGAGCGAGAAGAGAGAGAAAAAAAAAAUACACACACAGCUUCAUGGGAUCUUAGAAUUAUGGAAGAAAUUUUGAACAUGUAAAAGCAAGGCAAUGUGAUUUUACCUUCUGUGUCCGGCAAAAAUGGAAUUAACAAAUGGAUUUUCUUAAACACGCUCUCUCCAUUCUCUCUCUCUCUCUCCUCUCUCUCUCUCGCUCUCAUUGGGGGAAAAAAAAAAUAGAGCGCUCAAAUGAAGGGGACACAGAUGUGGAUUAAAACGCAUAAAUGGGACACUCCAGAAAACCCUUCAUUGAGAAAAGUGCUCAGAGCAAGUGACUGUGAUGGGCUGUCGGACUGCAUCUGAAGUGCUCUACCAAAGAAUAAUAUCCACUCCUGACCUACUCUGAAGAACAAUAUUUGAUUCAAUCAAUGUUGCAGCCUCCCCUGGGGGGAAUUACUCCUGAGCAAUAGGUGGACCCCAGAAAAGAGCAACCAUAGACCAUGUGAUACUUGACCUUCAAUGAGAGAACUCAGGUACACUCCAGAAGAUGUCAAAUCUGAUCUGAAGCUGCUCACGAGAGGAUCAGCCAGCUCAUAAUUUGGCCAGGUUUUCACGUGUCGUUAAGCAAUACUGCAACACCAUGGGCCAGCAGUGAAGGAGGGUUAUUAUCAAUGCUGGAUCUUCAUUUAUUGAGGAGUACCAGACGCAUCAGUAUGGAUUUGAAAGAGACCUACUUCACUGCAGAAGGACUGUGAGAAAGAAAGUGGUGGAACUGGACACUGGGAGUUGGGAGGAUUAGCUUGUGUGCUGCUAACCCAUGGUGGAUCUGCUGUAAGCAGAACAAGGGACUCAGCAGUGGAGGAUGUCGGCAGAGGCCGAGCUUCAGCCGGGUGUCAAAACCAGCCAGCGAAAGGAGUCCAGGAGGAUCAAAGGUCAGGACCGCAGUGAGGCGGGGCUUAUUAAGCGUUUCCGUGGAGAUGGCGUGCGCUACAAGGCCAAGCUGAUCGGGAUUGAUGAGGUGACAGCAGCACGCGGGGACAAGCUGUGCCAGGACUCCAUGAUGAAGCUCAAGGGAAUGGCUUCUUCGGCACGUUCCAAAGGGGAGCACAAGCAGCGAGUCUUCUUGACGGUCUCUUUUGGGGGGAUAAAGAUUUACUGUGAAAGAUCAGGGUUACUCCUGCAUCACCACUCAGUCCACGAAAUCAGCUACAUCGCCAAGGACACACGGGACCACCGCGCCUUCGGCUAUGUCUGCGGGAAGGAGGGCCACCACAGGUUUGUGGCCAUCAAGACCGCUCAGUCAGCGGAGCCUCUCAUCAUUGACCUGCGCGACCUCUUCACGCUCAUUUACGACAUUAAACAGCGGGAGGAGCUGGAGAAGAAGGCUCAGAAGGACAAACAGUGCGAGCAGGCAGUAUACCAGACCAUCCUAGAGGACGAAGUGGACGAUCCCGUUUACCAGUACAUAGUGUUUGAGGCUGGACACGAACCGCUCCGUGGCCCCCAGUCAGAGGAGAGCGUUUAUCAGGUCCCAACCAGUCAGCAGAAGGAAGGGAUCUAUGAUGUCCCAAAACGCCAUUUCAUGACUAAUAUCAACCACUUUGAUCUUUUUGGCGACAUGUCCACUCCUCCCUCGAUGCCCCCGUCACCUGCCAACACACUGGACCCUAGCAGGAGCAGCCGCCAGCAGCAACACACUCCUGCUGAGAUGUAUGCCCCCUUCAGCCCCACCUCUGUGCCAUCAGGUUAUAUGACCAUGGGUCCGGUGCAGGCGGCCCAGUGGGCGCAGCAGCCGUAUCCUGCCCAGGCUCAGACUUUGGCCUUUCCUGUGCAGGGGCCCCUCCAGGUGGCUCAGGUCCUCCCUGGUGGUCAACCGGUCAUUUGGAGCCAGGCCAACAUUUUCCCAGCCACUCAGCAGCAGUGGGCGGCCAUGGCAGCCUACAUGCCGGCGCAGACCGUAGGCGUGGGGGGCCAUGCCAUCCCAGCUGCCAUGCUCCAAGGCCUGGUACCCAUCACCACCAUGUGCCCUCAAGCCUGUGACUUAUCAGCCCCCUCCUCUGCCAUCACCAGCCCUCAGCACACGGUCGAUCCGACCCUGCUUCAGAGGCAGCUGAGCCUCGGUAAAGACGGCCUGGGCUUGGACUCAGAUGCGGGCGAAGGCCCCUCCUCAUUAGGGGCCGGAGCCGUGGGCGUGGGCCCCGGUGUUGGAUCAGCAGCGGUGAGCAGAUGUGGGACCCCAGGUCCCAUGAGUGCUCCAGACACUCUGACCUGUAGUCAGCUGCUGACACCUUCAGGUGCUGUUACCCAAGAAGAGGAGGGGAGCUGUAGUGACCUUGACCUAUCGAGGAUGACCCUGAGCCCGGGUACAUCCACUUCGCCGUCUACUGAAUCCCCCUCCACCCCAGCCCCUCAGCAGAGCUCUUCUUCAGACUGCCCUCCCUCUCACACCAGUGACCCCCCCACAGAUCACUCCCCUGUGGAACCUGAGGGCAAUCCCACCAACGCCAAGGAGGAGCAAUCGGGCUCAGCUGCUGCAAGAUCGAUGUCUCCUGUAGUCGGUGGAGACCCUGAUCCUCCACCGGAUCAGACCUGUCCACAAGAAGACAGCUAGAGAACAACGGACACAGAGCGGAUGGUGGAAGCUCUAAGGGCCAAGAUUGAAGUGUAUGAGACAGAAAAGAAGAGAUAGAUGAGUGACUGUGAACAGCAGCAUCUCUGACAGCUGGAUUACACAGACUUGUUCUGUUUUUUCAACCUUUAAAGGAUAUUUUGGCAGUUCUCUAAUAAGCUGGCUUUCCUUGGAUCUGCUUUCCUCCAGAGGCCACAUACUGUACUCCUCAGCAUGACAACCAGACUUUGGCUUUAGCGUCCAAUCACAUAACAUUUCAACCAGGAAGUGACCUUUGAUCUUCGACCCACGCAAAGGACAUGAGGCUCCUGUCGUCCUGUUGACGGAUGAGCAGGUCUGCGUCUGUGAGGAUAACAAGUUAAAACAGCCUUGGUGACACUGAUGAUGCAAAUUAUUUUUACAAAACUGUAAAGAGGAGCAGCGUCCUUUGCGGUUGACCUUCACUCUGUCAGCUGCCACCAGCAAAGACUGUGCACAGCAGAUGGAUUUGCCAAAUGUUCUCAUAGUGUUGCUCAACCGAUUCGUCCAUUUGCAUGAACAGACUAAUGUGGAUUCAGCGGACUCAGCUGUGAGCAAAACUGUUCUCUGCAGCUUCCUUCAUGGUCUGAAACAAAUCAAAACUAUGAUUUUUCUCUUUCUUAUUUUAUAAGCUGUGAAUUCUUAGUUGAUGACAUCGAGUCAUUAGAGAUAUCGAGAUGACUCUGAGGCAUCAAUGCUGAAAUCAAAUUUGCCAAACAUUUAUUUUGUAAAUAAGAAUCUUCCCAGUCCCCCUACCUGAGCCUCUGUGCCAUAAGAUAGCUCUCUGCCUCUUGGAUGCCAACUACCUGUGUUUCUCUCAAGCAAUGCCCUACCAGCACCUCCAUUUGACGUCUGGAUGUUUGUUUCGCUUUUGCUGCCAUUUUUUUUUUUUUUUUUUCUGUUUGGUUGGUGAGAAAUGAACUGUGAAUCUGUGUUACAUGGUUAUGCAGAAUAAAGCCUGCUGUACUGUCACCUGUUGUGAACUUGAGAGAUGUAAGGACCAUUAGACUUUCUAAAAGGCUACAGAAUUUUUUAGCUUAAAUAGGAGGCAGAUUUUCCUGCAUAUAUUUGUUUGUUUGUUUGUUUGUUUUUUUUUAAUUCCAAUGAUGAUCACAUUGUUUACAUUUCGCUUCUAAAUUCUACCGGUCUCAUCUCUGUUUUUUCACAUCAGCUCUGAUGCGACAUGGCGUAAUAAACACAAGCUAAGAGACAGUAGAGUGCAUUUCGAUGCCUUAUCAGGUUUAUUUUUUUGUUGUCCAGUCACUGUUCUUCUUGUCAGGUCAUUGUAUCCAGUUAACAGGUCAUCGUUGUAACAAAGCACUUGGGCAUAUUGUCGGUCUGCUCCACUCAGUCGAAAUGGUCAAAAGAAAAGUGGCUUUAUAUAACAUGAAGAAUAGAGAUAUCACUAUUAACUGCAAGACUUACAAUAACAAAAGGUAACUGUACCCCUGCUCGUGUAAGAAAAAUGAGAAAUAGUCCAAAAUAUUUUGUAAAUUUUAUUUAUGGAAUUAAGAAUUGUCAUGAAAAAGAGAAAAAAAGGACUUUUUGUACGUCUAUGACUUUCCCCAUACACUGUACCCAUGCCACUGUUCAGUCACAAAUAAAAUAUCAUGUGAUUCCCAUGUG